AACAAAAACAAGAACGUAACGAAGAAAAAGGAGGUGUAAGAGAAGAAGAAGCAGAAGAAAAAGAGCAACAGUCAAGUGAUUUUUAGUGGAUGACGUCGCUGCCGACUUCGACGUCGUCGCCGUUGCGCCGCCGCAUUCAGUUUAUGUGCCUGUGUGUUAGCCAGCGCAUCUGUGUGUGUGUGCAUGUGUGGGCGAGAGAAACGAAGAGAGAGAAAGGGCGAAGUAAAAGUAAAUGCGUGCAAUUAGCAUUUUAAUGCAAUCACCAUUAACCGUCCGCUAUUCUUUCGCUUCUGCUUCUUCCAUUUCUACAUCCGACAUGUGUGUGUGCGUGAAGAGACAGUGCCGUUAUAAAUUUGUUUGCCCAUAAAACAUUUUUCUUGCAUUCGCCGAGAGUGCAAUACAAGUGCAAUAUUAAUUAAGUAAUAAUACAAACGUAAAUGUAUAUCGAAAGCAUGUAUACUAUGUGUGUGCAAUAUAAACGAAUGACCAUGUUAUAGCCAUACAAAAUAAAACAAAAGUCACAACUCCCCCCCCUUAAAAAAAAAAAAAAAAAAAACAAAACAAAGAUCUGCGAAAACCUUCGACAAUCAUCGAGUUUUACUGUACUUGAAAAUGGACUGUGCCACGCGAAAACGACAACAAUUACGGGCACAUCAUCAGCAACAUAUACAAAGACAAUCACAUGGACGAAAGCGGCGGCGAUUACAACAACAACAGCAUUACUACCGCCACCAACAACAACAUCAAUACGUGUGGCUUGUUGUUGGCAUUUUGACAAUUUUUUGGACUCAGCACACAAGUGCCGCUGAUCUGGUGAUUAAUGUUCCAAAUGCGAGCAGCAAUGACAACGCAUUCUACAGGAUUGACUACAGUCCGCCCUUUGGCUUCCCGGAGCCGAACACCACGAUCCCCGCCAGCGAGAUCGGCAAGGACAUCAAGUUCUCGCGGGCUCUGCCGGGCACGGAGUACAACUUCUGGCUGUAUUACACCAACUCCACGCAUCAGGAGCUGCUCACCUGGACGGUGAACAUAACAACAGCUCCCGAUCCGCCGGCCAAUCUGAGCGUGCAGCUGCGGUCGAGCAAGAGCGCCUUCAUCACGUGGCGACCGCCGGGCACGGGUCGCUACUCGGGAUUCCGGAUCCGGGUGCUGGGCCUCACGGACGUGCCCUUCGAGCGCAGCUACCAGCUGGAGGGCAACGAGACGCUUCAGCUCUCGGCCAAGGAGCUGACCCCCGGCGGGAGUUACCAGGUGCAGGCGUACUCCGUCUACCAGGGCAAGGAAUCGGUGGCCUACACGAGCCGCAACUUCACCACAAAACCCAACACGCCGGGCAAGUUCAUCGUCUGGUUCCGGAACGAGACGACCCUGCUGGUGCUGUGGCAGGCGCCCUUUCCCGCCGGGAUCUACACCCACUACAAGGUGUCCAUAACGCCGGACGACGCCAUCCAGAGUGUGCUGUACGUGGAGCGCGAGGGCGAACCCCCUGGACCGGCGCAGGCUGCCUUCAAGGGUUUGGUUCCCGGGCGCGAGUACAACAUCUCGGUGCAGACCGUCUCCGAGGACGAGACGUCCUCCAUUCCGACCACCGCCAGAUACCUCACUGUUCCGGAGCGCGUGCUCAACGUGACCUUCGACGAGGCCUUCACCACCUCCAGUUCGUUCCGCGUGCGCUGGGAUCCGCCGCGCACCUACAGCGAGUUCGACGGCUACCAGGUGAUGCUCUCCACCUCGCGCCGCAUCUUCAAUGUGCCUCGUGCCGCGGACGGCGAAUCGGUCUACUUCGACUAUCCGGAUGUCCUGGAGCCGGGUCGCACCUACGAGGUGGUGGUCAAGACGAUCGCCGACAACGUGAACUCGUGGCCAGCCAGCGGGGAGGUCACUCUGCGUCCGCGACCCGUUCGCAGUCUGGGCGGAUUCCUCGACGACCGCAGCAAUGCGCUGCACGUCUCCUGGGAGCCGGCGGAAACGGGCCGACAGGAUGCCUACCGCAUCAGCUACCAUGAGCAGACGAAUGCCAGCGAGGUGCCGGCGCCGUUCCCGGUGGCCACGGAGUCGCAGAUCACCACAAACCUCACCGAGUACACACUGGACGCCCUGCUGCCGGGUCGUCGCUACCUGAUCGCCGUGCAAGCCCUCUCGAAGGGCGUGGCCUCGAACGCCAGCGACAUCACGCGCUACACGCGUCCGGCGGCGCCGCUCAUCCAGGAGCUGAAGAGCAUCGACCAGGGACUGGCGCUCAGCUGGCGGAGCGAUGUGAACUCGCGGCAGGACCGGUACGAGGUGCACUACCAGCGGAACGGGACGCGCGAGGAGCGCACGGUGGCCACCAACGAGACGAGCCUGACGAUCCACUACCUGCAUCCCGGAUCCGGCUACGAGGUGAAGGUGCACGCCAUCAGCCACGGGAUCCGUAGCGAACCGCACUCCUACUUCCAGGCAGUUUUUCCCAAACCGCCGCAGAAUCUCAGCCUGCAGACGGUGCACACGAACCUGGUGGUGCUCCACUGGCAGCCGCCGGAGGGCAGCGACUUUAGCGAGUACGCGGUGCGCUACCGCACGGACGCCUCCGCCUGGCAGCGGAUCUCCGGGCUGCACGAGAACGAGGCGCGGAUCGAGGACAUGCACUACGGCGAACGCUACCUGGUGCAGGUGAACACCGUCAGCUUCGGCGUGGAGAGCCCCCAUCCGCUGGAGCUGAAUGUCACGAUGCCGCCGCAGCCCGUUUCGAAUGUUGUGCCGCUUGUGGAUUCGCGCAACCUCACCUUGGAGUGGCCCCGUCCCGAUGGCCAUGUGGACUUCUACACGCUCAAGUGGUGGCCCACCGACGACUCGGAGCGCGUGGAGUUCAAGAACGUCAGCCAGCUGGAGGAUCUGAGCUCGCCAAGCGUUCGCAUUCCCAUCGAGGAUCUGUCGCCGGGUCGCCAGUACCGCUUCGAGGUGCAGGCCAGUUCGAACGGCAUCCGCUCCGGCACCACGCACCUCUCCACGCGCACCAUGCCGCUCAUCCAGUCGGACGUGUUCAUCGCGAACGCUGGCCACGAACAGGGUCAGGAUGAGACGGUCACCCUGAGCUACACACCCACGCCGGCGGACACCACGCGCUUCGACAUCUACCGCUUCUCGAUGGGCGAUCCCAAGAUCAAGGACAAGGAGAAGCUGGCCAACGACACGGAGCGCAAGCUGAGCUUCUCCGGCCUGACGCCGGGCAAGCUCUACAACGUGACCGUGUGGACGGUCAGUGGUGGAGUGGCCAGUUUGCCGGUGCAGCGGCUCUACCGCCUCCAUCCGCUGCCCAUCGGCGAUCUGAGGGCCAGCCAGGUGGCGGCGCGCGAGAUCAGCCUUCAGUGGAGCGCUCCGGCCGGCGAGUUCACCGAUUUCGAGCUGCAGUACCUCAGCGCCGACGAGGAGGCGCCCCAGCUGCUGCAGAACGUGACCAAGAAGACGGAGAUCACGCUGCAGGGGUUGCGGCCGUACCACAACUACACCUUCACCGUGGUGGUGCGGGCGGGCUCCACCCAAAGCUCCGAUUCGGACGUCUCCGGCGGCAGCACGCUGAUGCGCAGCAGUGCCCCCAUCUCGGCCAGCUACCAGACGCUGCCGGCUCCGCCCGGCAAGGUGGACUACUUCCAGCCCAGUGACGUGCAACCGGGCGAGGUGACCUUCGAGUGGAGCCUGGAGCCCGGCGAGCAGCACGGCCCCAUCGACUACUUUCGCAUAACGUGCGUGAAUGCCGACGACGCGGCGGAUGUGUCCAGCUACGAGUUCCCGGCGAACGCCACCCAGGGCAGGAUCGAGGGCCUGGUGCCCGGCAAUCAGUACAUCUUUCGGAUUCAGGCCAAGUCCGCUUUGGGCUUCGGCGCCGAGCGGGAGCACCUGCAAACGAUGCCCAUCCUGGCGCCACCCGUUCCCGAGGCGAGCGUCACGCCGCUGGAGGUCAGUCGCACGAGCAGCACGAUCGAGAUCAGUUUCCGGCAGGGCUACUUCUCGAAUGCCCACGGUCUGGUGCGCUACUACACGAUAAUCGUUGCCGAGGACGUGGGCAAGAAUGCGUCCGGCUUGGAGAUGCCCAGCUGGCAGGACGUGCAGGCGUACACCGUGUGGCUCCCCUACCAGGCCAUCGAGCCGUACAACCCCUUCCUCUCUGCCAAUGGGAGCCGGCGGAGCAGCCUGGAGGCGGAGCACUUCACCAUCGGAGCGGCCAGCUGCGAGAAGCACCAGGCGGGCUACUGCAACGGUCCGCUGCGGCCGGGCACCACCUACCGGAUCAAGGUGCGCGCCUUCACCGACGAGGACAAGUUCACGGACACCGCCUACAGCUCGCCGAUCACCACGGAGCGCAGCGACACCGUCCUCUGGAUCAUUGUCCUGGCCAUCUUCCUGCUGGCGGCGAUGCUGUUGGGCUGCUGCUUCAAGCGCCACUACCAGACGAUCCGGCGCGCCUCCAAGCUGGCCCGCAUUCAGGACGAGCUGGCCGCCCUGCCCGAUGGCUACGUGAUUCCCAAUCGGCCGGUGCACGUGAAGGACUUCCCGGAGCACUACCGCCUCAUGUCCGCCGAUUCGGACUUCCGCUUUAGCGAGCAGUUCGAGGAGCUGAAGCACGUCGGUCGCGACCAGCCGUGCAGCUUCGCCAAUCUGCCGUGCAAUCGUCCGAAGAACCGCUUCACCAACAUCCUGCCCUACGACCACUCGCGCUUCAAGCUCCAGCCGGUGGACGACGACGAUGGCUCCGACUACAUCAACGCCAACUACAUGCCCGGCCACAACUCGCCCCGGGAGUUCAUCGUCACCCAGGGGCCGCUCCAUUCGACGCGCGAGGAGUUCUGGCGGAUGUGCUGGGAGAGCAACUCGCGGGCGAUCGUCAUGCUAACGCGGUGCUUCGAGAAGGGACGCGAGAAGUGCGACCAGUACUGGCCGGUCGACCGGGUGGCCAUGUUCUACGGGGACAUCAAGGUGCAGCUGAUCAUCGACACGCACUUCCACGACUGGAGCAUAUCUGAGUUUAUGGUUUCCAGGAACUGUGAAUCGCGGAUAAUGCGGCACUUCCACUUCACCACCUGGCCGGACUUUGGGGUUCCAGAGCCGCCGCAGUCGCUGGUGCGGUUCGUGCGCGCCUUCCGCGACGUCAUUGGAACGGAUAUGCGACCGAUCAUCGUUCACUGCAGCGCCGGAGUGGGCAGAUCGGGCACGUUCAUCGCGUUGGAUCGCAUCCUGCAGCACAUCCACAAGUCGGAUUAUGUGGACAUCUUCGGCAUUGUGUUUGCCAUGCGAAAGGAGCGCGUGCUGAUGGUGCAGACGGAGCAGCAGUACGUGUGCAUCCACCAGUGCCUGCUGGCGGUGCUGGAGGGCAAGGAGCAUCUGCUGGCCGAUUCGCUCGAGCUGCACGCCAACGAUGGCUACGAAGUGACUAAAAUUUACUUAGAGCGCCAACCACAAACCAAAAUGGGAAUCCUGCCCAUUCCCCUCCCCAUACGGGCUUCUUUGGCCAGAGCCGAAGAACUGGAUGCGGAUUUGGAUUUGGAUUUGGAUGUGGAGCAGCAGAAGCUGACGACAAAGGAAGAGAAGCCCCAGAGCAGCGACGAUGAAGAAGAGGAUGAGGAUGAGGAGGAUGAAGAUGAUCAUCUUGAUGAUGACCAGCAGCCGUUGAACAACGAGACGACGGCCACCUUAUCAUCGGCUAGCUGCAGCAGCAGCUGCAGCCGGCAGGAUGUGCAAGUGGAUCUCCAGGAGGUGAACCCCAUUGAACACCAACACCCCAAGCCAGAAAAGGAACGAAUCUGCACGGGCUCAAAGUCAAAAUCGAAAUCAGACUGUGAAACUGACACCGACGAUGAGGAUGAGGAUGAGGAUGAGCCAGUGGCCAAGGAUGGCGCUCUGGCUGUCGCCGAUGAGGACGGCUGGUGGUAUUGAUAGAAAAGUCGACUUUUGUCUAGAUGACGAAGGCAUAGCGGAGACGGGAAUCUGAGGACGCUUGCUGCGGGAAUAUCAUCUACCCAUGAUAUGAUAUUCGAUAGUACCUAUAGUUAUUUUUUUUACAAUCUGCCUGUGAUGUGCUGGAUGUGAUUUGUCUACGGAAUGGCAUUCAUUCGGAGUUGCUGUCAAAUGAGUUGAGUGUGUUGAGUGAGUCUGUGGUCGCGGGCCCUUCUAUUUCGCUGCACACCGUCGAAAGCCACCGCAUUAUCUUUUGAGGAUCUGGGGAUCUGAGGAUCUGAGGAUUGGAUCGAUCGGUGGACGUCGGGGGACGAAAACGAAGAAGGCCUCGCGUUUUGGCCUGUGCCAUUGAUGCGUGUACCGCCUGUUCGCCGUACCGCCUGUUUGCCAUAGAGCUAAGCUAGCUAGCCCGCUUAUUUAAUGUAAUGCCGCCAAAUUAGACCAAACCAACAAGAGCGUAUACUUAAGCUUCAGGUGUAAUAAUCUGCAACCAAUUCUUGCAUCUAUCCCUGUAUCCCCCACCCUGUAUCCCCCACCCUGUAACCAAUGUCCAUUAUAUAAUGUCCAUUAUCCCCCUGCUCUGUCGUGUUGUGUACAGAUUUGUAAAUUUGUUUCCAUUUAGUGGACGCGAUAUUAUGAUUAUGUCUACUAUUACUAUUACUGCUAUUAUUACUAUUACUCUUAACGAUGUAUUAUUUUUAUUAUUAUGUAGAUUAGAUUCGUUUUAUCGAUAGACUUUAGUCCAUGAUUAGUCAGCGAAAUGUUGACUCUAACUGCAUGCAAACCUUCCAUUUGUUCUCUGGCCAUUUAUGUCUCGAAUUAAUCAAGCGAUUCCAUUGCAUCCGGUCAGAGCUCAGAGCAGCAAUAGCAAUUGCAAAACUGUGCAGUUAAAGUUGUAAGCAUUUAUUUUAUUGUAUUUAAUUCUAUUUUUUUUUAUGUGCAUGUCCACAAUACCAAUAAAUUUUUAUUGAAAUGCGAAA